AUGGCGUUAAAUCCGAUUGUCAUAAGUCCAGACAAAAAUAAGGCCAAGAUCCAUCAGAACCAACCUUACGAUGAGUCUCUGGAAGUACCUGAUGCAGAAGAAGUGGCCAGUACUUAUUCACCUACACCUCGGUCACACAAUCCAUUAAGUCGAAUGCCUGCAAAUCAUAUUGCAAACCAUGGUAGCAGUCCACAUGAGUCUCGACUGACUGACAAUUCAGAUGAUGACAGCAAGAAAGCUUUGCAGAAAGUUAUAGGCCGACCAGAACAUUUGUCUGAUGAAGAAGAUGAUGGUUCUGAUAUUUCAGAUGAAGAUGAUGAUGAAGAUGAGGAAGAUGAAGUUCAUAUUGAAGGAGCAUAUGACCCUGCUGAUUAUGAUAAUCUUCAAGUGAGUCCAGAAAUUAAGGAAAUGUUUGAAUUCAUCACCAGAUAUUCUUAUCAAGUCAUUGAACUGGAACACAAACUAAAACCAUUCAUUCCAGACUUUAUUCCAUCUGUUGGAGAUACAGAUGCUUUUAUCAAAAUUCCAAGGCCUGAUGGAAAUCAAGACAUGAUUGGACUAACUGUUCUUGAUGAGCCUUGUGCUUCUCAAUCAGAUCCAACAGUCCUUGAUUUACAAUUGAGAGCAAUAUCCAAGCAGACAACAGCUAAACAAAUUGUUGUGAAAAGUCUACCAGAUGCUGAAAAAAACAGUAAACAAAUUGACAUCUGGAUUGACAACAUCCAGAAAUUACAUCGAGCCAAGCCACCACCAAAUGUUCACUACACAAAAAAUAUGCCUGAUAUUGAUACUUUGAUGCAAGAAUGGCCAGCUGAACUGGAAGAGCUUUUAAAAAAGGUCUCACUGCCAAGUGCUGACAUGGACUGCAGUCUUGGUGAUUAUGUGAAAGCCAUCUGUAGCAUACUUGACAUCCCAGUAUACAAAACCAGCCAUAAUAAUGACAAGGUACAAGCCUUACAUGUCCUUUUCACACUGUAUAAUGAAUUUCAGAAUUCACAGCAUUUCCAAGCACUGGCACAAGAGAAUAAAAUGGAUAAUAGUUUAAAGAAAAAAUCUUCAGAACUAAUUUUACCUGAGGACAAUGGCCCACUUGUGUGA